ACCACCAUUUGUCUCUGAUACCAUCUACGCCAAUCCAUAGCAUCUCAAACACACGCAAUGGGUGACACGUCGGCUGAGUAUGAUGGCCAUGCAAGCAAUGGGAUGUUUUCAGUUUCCGGAUCCUUGCAACACGAGGCCGUGCAUUACCACGCUGCAACAUGAGGUGGUGCUUGUGGAUGAAUGACACAACAAAAGGCCGAAGGCUCUCGUCACAGUAUCAAUGUGCAUUCAAAAUGCUAGCAAUCAAUGUGUUCUAUUGAUGGCAUUUUGAAGAUAGCCAGCAUGUUUGGGAUGCUCUGGAUCGGUGUAUACGGUAUGUCAGGCAAGUGGUGGUCACACCAGAUACUGACUGGUGUUCGGACCCCUCCGGACCGCCCCCCAAUACAGUUAAACGUCACAUUUUGGAGUGGCCUUUUAUGGUGGCCAACCUAAGGCACACCUGUGAAAUAAUCAUGCUGUAUAAUCAGCAUCUUGACACGCCACACCUGUGAGGUGGAUAGGUUAUGGAUCAUGAAUGAUCAAUGCUCACUAACGCAGAUUUAGACAGAUUUGUGAACAAUAUUUGAGAGCGCUGGGCCUUUUGUGUUCAUAGAAAAAGUUUUACAUCUUUGAGCUCAGCUCAUGAAAAAGGGGAGCAAAAACAAAAGUGUUGCGUUUAUAUUUUUGUUGAGUAUAGAAUUUUGGAAAUAGCUCCUGUCAUUAUAUUGCGCAGGUGUAACCAAUGUUGUGGCCUUCAUAAAGAUUUAAGAGAAGUUACAUGUUAGUGUUGGUUAAAACACACAACUGCUUUAAACAUAUUACCGAAAACGAUGUGCAGCAACAGAUUGUAAAACUGUAAAAACGGCAAAACCAUUGUUAUUGGUUUCUAAACGACAGAGAGCACAGGUGCUGGACUUGGAUAUCUACCUCCACAAACAUCCUGUUUGCUUCACGUACACUUGCUUUCAUUUUCAGUAAGUGGUUUUCAUGCAGCCCUUCCCCUUUUUUUCAGCGCGUGCUUGCUUGUUUGCCUCGUUGCAGCAAAGAAACCAAACCAGUUAGUCAGGCUACAAGAGGAAAGCCAGUGGCUCUGAUCGCACGCACACACACACACACACACACACACACACACACACACACACACACACACACACACACACACACACACACACACACACACACACACACAAACACACACGCUCAAAGGUAGCACUAGGGAAAAGGAAAGAACUAAGAAAGACAAGAUUUUGGCCAGUGGCGUGGAACGUGUUGUGAGUAUGACGUCUCGGAUCUCCUAUACCCUCCUGCUGUGCACUGACACUACCUGACUACCGACUGUUCCAAAUGAGAUGAUUAGCAGGGGUUAAUAUGCUACCUACUGUAUUGGGAAACAGGGCGUUAUUUUUGCAAGUACAUUUGGUCUGAGUGCGCUUUUUUGUUAAUUUAUUAAUUUUUUUUUACAAGAGGCUGUAAAUGCAAGUGAUGCUCAAUUGAGAUGCUGUUCAACAGAUGUGUUGUGUGUGGACGAUGGAAUACCCUAGGAGGACAUUUCUAAGGCGACAGGGACAAAACUUUCUAAAUCUUGUGUUUUAAGUUUGAUUUUGUAAACAUUUUUGAUGAUUUUUUUUUCAUUUCUUUGUGAUAUUUUAUAUUGUUUGUAUAUAAAUGAAUAAUAAUUAUUAUUUUAACUAUUCAAUUAUUACAAAAUUAAUUAUUUUAUUAUAAAAACAAAUUAUUUUGCUUUUAUAUACAUUAUUAUAUUAUUCUAUUAUAGAUAAUUACAUGAUUUACUGUAUUUAUUUAUCAUACACAUUUAAGAUUGUUGCUGUUUUUUAACAGGCAAUUCAUUAAAUGAGAUAUUGCUUUUGUAUUUGUGCACAUUAAAGUAUUCUGUGGGGACAAGGCCACUAUACCACACAUUUUUUAUGGUUAUCAAUAUUUUUUCAUUGCCUACUGAAUGAUGGGGUUUGUUUUGGCCACCCACUUAAGUUGUGAAAUGUUGUUUCUAGUGUGAUUUGGAAAAAAACAACAAAAAAACGGUAAACAGAGAUACUGUAGGACUCACAUUCAGCAUCACAAGGACCGUAUCAAACACACCGAAACAGUGUCAUCAUGGCCACGGCCAGCUCAGAAGACGACAAGUGCCAGCGUCCUACCUGUGGAGACCACCGCCUGGUCAACAAAGCUCUCAGAAGGCUGGACAAGCUCCAUGAGUUGUGCACGGACCCCCGGCUGGGCCUCAGGAGCAGCCCGCCAUACCUUCCCGAGCUGGUACCGGACACAGCGUCUCUGCUCAGACGGGUCUGGGAGCCCUACCGAGGCCUCGGGGUGGCGCUGGGCCGGGCCCCUGGCGGAGAGGAGGCCACGUACUUGAGGCUCCAUGUGAGGAACCUGCUGGAUAAGACGGACAGGGCCUUGCUGCUGUUUAAAGACGGGAGGGAGAAGAUGUUUGAUGAGGCAUCAAGCUGCAGAAGGAACUUGACCAAGAUGUCCUUGCUCUUCAGUCAUAUGCUGUGGGAACUCAAGGCCAUCUUUCCCGGAGAACUGUACCACGGAGACACCUACAAGGUGAUGAAAAAGGAAGCACAGGGGUUUUGGAGGACGACUUUUGGCAACAAGUGCAUCGUGCAGUGGAGUAUCUUUGCAGAGCGGCUGAGGAGAGCACACUCCUUUGAGGAGGGCAUGGAGUCCAUGGCGCUGAAGUCCACCAUCGAUCUCACCUGCAACGACCACAUCUCCAUCUUCGAAUUUGACAUCUUCACCAGGCUUUUUCAGCCCUGGAGCUCCCUCCUGAGGAACUGGAACCAGCUAGCAGUGAGCCAUCCAGGCUACAUGGCCUUCCUCACCUACAACCAGGCUGUAGCUCGCCUGGAACACUACCUGCACAGACCUGGAAGCUACAUCUUCCGUCUGAGCUGUACCAGAAUGGGCCAGUGGGCUAUAGGUCAUGUGACCAACGAAGGCUCCAUCGUGCAGACCAUCCCCGAGAAUACGCCUCUCGCCCAAUCGCUCCUGCGCGGCUUCAACGAUGGCUGCUACUUGUACCCUGAUGGCCGUGAGGUGAACCCUGACCUUACCACCCUGCAUGAGCCAGGCCACAAGGGGAAAGUCAAGGUCACACAAGAGCAGUAUGAUCUUUACUGUGAGGCGGGCACCUCCUUCCAGCUGUGCAAGAUCUGUGCAGAGAAGGACAAAGACACUCGCAUUCAGCCUUGCGGUCAUCUGCUGUGCCAGCGCUGCCUUACCAGCUGGCUGCAGAAGUCAGCAGGCCACACGUGUCCGUAUUGCCGCUGCGACAUCAGAGGCACCCAGCCUGUUGACAUCGAGCCCUAUGUACUUGAAUGCAAGGAGGAAGAGGAGGACAUCUCUGCACUGAGGAAGGUGCCAGCGGGUGGAGUCACUCAGCAAUGAUGAGAAUGUCUCUGGGCGACUGGGACCGCCCGUGCCUUCUUCCUCAUCUGCAUUCCAAAAGAUGCAGAGAGUUCAUCUGAUCUCGAGUAUGGAUGAACACUAAAGUACAUCAACGGGUCGGAGAAUUCUUCGAAUGGAUCUCAUAAAAUUUUCAAAUUUACCCGAUUCAUGUACAGUAUACAGUAUAUUGUGUAAAAUACUUCAGCUUUGAAUAAAUAAUUCCAGACAUUUUGCUGCGUGUUUCGCUGAGAAUGUCACUCACUCACUGAGGCCCCUUACUGUUGAGGGAGCUAAGUGCUGUUAAUUAUACCGCAGAUUACGCACUGACUGAAUCUGC